AUGCGGGAGCCUGCGCGCUCCCCGCCCCCGCCCGGGCGCGCGUGGCUGCGACCUGCCGGCUCCCGACCAGCGCCCCGGGGGCGGAUGCGAAGGGGCAGGACCUUGUUCCCAACUCCGGGAACCUCUGCUGGGCCGCGGGCGCAGCAGCAGCAGCAGCAGCAGCAGCAGCAGCAGCACCCAGCGCUGCGUUGGUUCCAAGGGCGCUUGGGGGGGGAGAAAGCAAGCGCCCUGGGCCCGGUCGCGGCGGGUCGCAACCCCGGAAGCUGCCCUCCACCAGGCUGGCUGCAGCUUCGGGGCCGAAAGCCCCUUUCAAGUUUGCGCGGCGCGGGCCCGGCGCGCAGGCUCCGACUCCCGGGCCCGCGCGCUCCGCCGCCAAUAGGCGGCGGCGCCCGGCCCCACGUGAGCCGAGCCAGGCCGGGCAGCAGGCAAAAUGUGAAUGAGAAAGAGGAGCGCGAUUUAAAGGUGCUGGCGGCGCCCGCCGAGGACAAGUGCGCCGGCUCCGCGCGCUCCCCGGCGGCCCGCGGGAGGCGACGCACGGCGGCCGCGACAGACGGACGCACCGACGGCUCGGCGGGUCCGGCGCGCCCGCGGGGCCCGGGGGGGCCCUCUCCGCUCCGGGGCGCACGGCCGCACCCCGCGCACCGCCCGCUCGCGCUCGCGCUCGCGCCCCCGCCGGGCAUGCACGCGGCCCGGGACUGA